UGGGGAUUGGGGGGAGGGGGUUCAAGAUUUAAUCUUUUUUUGCUUUUUCUUUGGGGAAUGGAUCAAUUUCAAGUGUUUCUCAAUUGGGUCUUUUUCGGUGUUUAAUGGGUACAAGUUUUUUGUUUUCCUCUUUUGGCUUUUGUUGCCAUCGUCUCUUUCACAAGAUUGCAUUAAUUAUGCUGCAUUUUUAGUGUCUUGCACAACGGAGAAUUCGAUUGGGGAGUAUUUUGCUGUUGGGAUCUUUGUGGAAAAUAGACCCAAAAAAAAACUCUUUUUUUACUCUGAAAAUUCCAUGCCUAUUUUCUUUUCUUUCUUUAUUUUCUUUCUUGGAAUGUAUUGUAUGUCUUAUUUUCUGAAGAUUUGAACACGUAAAAUAGCGGAUCUGCGCAUUCCUUAUUUGCCAAGUAUUCUUUUACGCUUCCACCGUCCAUUUGAGCAUCAUAUUCGAACUGGCUGUGGUUCUGUGUCUGUCAUAGUGUACGGGGAUCAUGAGAAACCAGCUCUGAUCACUUAUCCAGAUUUAGCACUAAAUUAUAUGUCAUGUUUCCAAGGAUUAUUUUUUUGUCCAGAGGCAGCUUCUUUACUGCUUCACAACUUUUGCAUAUAUCAUAUCAGUCCUCCUGGACAUGAGUUGGGAGCAGCUGCAAUUUGUCCUGAUGAUCCUGCUCCUUCUGUGGAAGACUUAGCAGAUCAAAUAAUUGAGGUCCUCAACUAUUUUGGGCUUGGUGCAGUGAUGUGUAUGGGAGUGACAGCUGGUGCUUAUAUCCUUACUCUUUUUGCUAUGAAAUAUAGGGAGCGUGUUCUUGGUUUAAUACUUGUAUCUCCCUUAUGCAAAGCACCUUCUUGGACGGAAUGGUUUUACAACAAGGUGAUGUCAAAUUUGUUAUAUUUCUAUGGCAUGUGUGGAUUGCUGAAGGAGUGUUUGCUUCAGAGAUACUUCAGCACGGAAGUCCGUGGCAAUGUUGAGGUUCCAGAAUCAGAGAUAGUUCAAGCAUGCAGAAAACUGCUGGAUGAAAGAAAGGGAACAAAUGUCUUGCGGUUUCUUGAAGCAAUUAAUCAGAGAGCUGAUAUUACAGAAGGAUUGAAAAGAUUAAAAUGUCGUACGCUUAUUUUUGUUGGUGACAGUUCUCCUUUCCAUUCGGAGGCUCUAUACAUGACUUCAAAACUUGAUAGGAGAUUUAGUGCCUUGGUUGAGGUCCAGGCUUGUGGAUCAAUGGUUACAGAGGAACAGCCACAUGCAAUGCUGAUACCUAUGGAGUACUUUUUCAUGGGGUAUGGGUUGUAUAGGCCAUGCCAAUUCAGUGACAGUCCAAGGAGCCCACUUAGUCCAUCUUGCAUCUCUCCAGAACUCCUUUCUCCUGAAAGCAUGGGAUUGAAGCUAAAGCCUAUAAAGACUCGUGUUUCAUUGGAAGUUUGAUAUCAGGGAACAAAAAAAACCUUUGACUUUUGUAAUUGAAAGCAGUUUUUUCUUUUAUUAUUUUUUUGCUUCAAAUUUUUUUAUUUUUUAAAGACGGAUAGAGAAGAGGUUGGUUAGAGUUGGAGGAGGGGUUGUAGAUAUAGGAGACAAGGGAAUGGAGAGAAUAUAUAAAAACUAUAGGGAGGAGUUGCCUUGAUUCAUUUGUAGUCUGUCUUCAAUAAAGGAAUAUCAUUGAGCUGUAUCUGUAAAUUUCACUUGGACUAUGGCUCCAUUUAUUUAUGGUGAUGAUCAAUCAAUAAUCCCUUUAU